ACCGAUUCGAUAGUUCAGGGAUUUUAAUAAAAACUUUUGAAUAAUACAUUAACUACUUUGAAAUUUUUUGAGAUUAAGUGACAAAAUAAAAACUUAAAAAUAAUACUUGGGUGUAGUUUGCCCAAAAGAAAAAAAGCCAAAAUGUUACGAGUAGGUGGGAUCAGCUUUGUAACAAUUCCAUCCCUUCCUUUAAUCCUAGGUCAUAGAAAUCUGGAAAUUCUUCUAUUUUACGCUUAACUCUCAUCACUUUGCAACCAAAUCGAAGUUCCAUCAUCGACUCCGUUCAGUUUCGCUCUCAACCUCGCCGAGUUUUAUAAGUAAUUAUAACUAUGUUAUGCUGAAAUUUUCAGGUUUCAAGGAAAAGAAAGAAGGGCGGAUCCUGUCAAUACUGAAGCGGAUUUUCUCAUUAAUUCAUCUCUUUGUUUGAUUGGCAGAGUUGACUUUUGGUCAUAUAGAUCUGUCUAUGACUGGCAGAUACUGUUUCACGGAAACAUGGACCUUUCUCCGUCUGAGGUUACCAGUCCAUUUAAGAAUAAUGAAGCUGAUCAGUCGAAGUAUUUGAAGACUGAGCUGAUUACAAGUGUUGAACCCCAAUUGGUUGAAUCAGGAACAUCUAAAUGUUUAGCCGAUAACAACAGAAGAUUUCUCAAACGUAGAUUUAGUGUUAUGGAAAGAAAAGUGCUUGCGGAUCGGCGGUACUUAGAGAGGAAGAAGAUGGAAAUGGAGAGGCUGAAGAAUGAGAUAAGACGGUAUGAAGAGGAGCUUUCACAGCUGCGUACCAAUCAGAGUCUUCUAGCCCUAGAUCUAGAUAAGGUAGAAUGUUGUUUUUCUCAAGCAACCAGCCAGUGGCAUGAUGAUCAAACAGAAGAGGUCUCAAAGUCCAGUAGUAUCCAAAAGCAUCAACGCAUCCAAGAUCAGCAGAAGAUUAGUUCAAAUGAUGGAGGUGUGGCUAUCAGUCAGAAUCUUACAAAUAAUAAAGAGAGGACUCCAAAUGCAAGAGCUGCUGUCAAUGAGCCUGCUACUGAACAUCAAGAGAGUGCUCAGAGUGGUUCAUGUUCUGCUGAAGUGGCUAAGAUCAAGUUGCCUAAGUUCCUUAUGGAACUUCAUACAGAAGUUGCGAGCAAUGUAGACCUCUCAGAUUUCACAGGCUUAGAGGGGGAGCAGAGAAGAUUUGGGAGAUUCAGUUUCCCAUUGUCUCUGAUUCCAACUGUUGAGAGAAUAAACAGUGUCUACAGUGAUAUUUCUGCAACAAGUCUAGUAAGUCCCAGUGUUUCUGCCACAGUCUAUGUUUUAUUUUGUGCUGUGAUCAGAGAGAUGGAACAUCUACGGCUUGAGGAAGUUACUGAGGACAUAUUGCUGAAGUGGAGAGAUGUGAUCAAGGAUGCUUUACGCCUUGGUUUCAAUGUGGCAUUUGCCAUGGAGCAUUUGAAGAAAGUUGUCUGUGCUUACUUUGGUCAACCAGGGUGCAAAUUGCUCCAUGAAAUUGAUUCAAAGAUCUCAACAUUAGAGGCUGAGGUGAAUGACUGGAAGAAGAAACGUGCUGAGAUAUAUGAGGAGUUCAAGAUGAGUAUCGAUGCUGUUGAGAACUUCAUUGGAGUUCCUGUCAGCACAGGUUUAUUUCCUUGGUCUUCUUCCAAUAGAAUUAUGCAUGGCUGAAAAUGAGAUACCAUUCUUGAAACUUAUACUGCAGAAAAAUCCCAUCAUAUGAAACUGGUAUACCAUUUUACCUGAUAUCUUGCUCCUCCAAAAGGUUGACACAAUCUUUCUGUAUGGUAUUCUUAUUUGUUCAAGUAAUACUCGCCAUUGUUAUCGACUUUACCCCUUAAAUUUUUGGACUGACCCAAAUGAGAACACUUGGAUUUUCCCCCAAGCAUAUCCUGUAUCAGCAUCGAAACCGCCACUUCUAUUUUUAUCUGUUUGAUGAAAUGCAACUCCAGACUCCAAUGAGCUUCACCAAAAGGCUUUCUUUAUCAGCUAUUGAUGCUCAAACUACCCACCUAAACAUCGUUGGUGGUGGCUCAAAUAUUGGGGCCUUGUUCCCUUAUGGUUUGUUAAUUUGGUUUGAGGCACAUUGAGCAAAAUCAAAUGCACAAGCAGUGAAGAAAGCUGAAAACAAUUGGACUGGCUUUAGAAUUGAGACUGGGAACAGGAUACAAGGAUGAUGGGAAAAAGUCCUAAAAAGGAUUGAGAGAUCUACCAUAUAGUUUGUGUUUAUAUCACACCAAUCUACGUAGUCUCUGUACUACUGUCACAUUUUGCAGCUUAUAGAAACUUACUCACUUGGAAUCUUUGUUUUCUUCAAACUAUCCUUAUGUGACACAUCUGGUCUACAUAGAUACUCAUACCGGAUGUAUGCUUGUAUCCUACUUUUUUCUUAAUUCGGGUACCGUAGACAGGGAUUUUUUGAUGAUAUUUUAUUAGAUUCAUAUACUGAUUGUUACCUCAAA